AUUGUGUAACUCAAAAACUGUAUCAAAAAUGAAAGAAAGUAAAAAUGUAAUAAAUGAUGGAUCACAGACUGACCUUACUAAUCAAUAUAGUCGCUUAUCCGCGGCCGCCGAUUUUGGAUUUUCCUUUGCCAUUUCUGGACUCUUGGCGAUGGUGUUUAAAACCAUAGUCGCACCAUUAGAAAGAGUUAAGUUAAUUCUACAGACACAGUCGAGUAGCCGUCAAAUUGGAACGGCAAAAAGAACCGCUUACUCUGGUUUUCUCGACGCGCUCGUUAGAAUACCCAAGGAACAAGGAUUUUUAUCUUUGUGGCGUGGUAAUCUGCUCAGUAUAUGUCGAUACUUUCCAGCGCAAGCAAUUAAUUUUUCCUGUUAUGAUAUUUAUUACAAUGCUUUAUUACAAAUUAUUCAACCAUGGACGGCUUAUAGUCAUAAUCUACUUCCGUUUCUGUCGGGUGGCGCCGUCGGCGUUACGACCUGCAUACUUCUCUUCCCCCUGAAUUUUUGCAAUACCAGAAUAUCCGUAGAUCUCGGAGAUGACAAAUCGGUCAAACGAGAAUUUCUAAAUUUAAGGGACUGUUUGGGUAAAGUUUACAAAAAUGAUGGAGUCAGGGGCUUCUACGAAGGGAUGUCACUCAUGGCAUCCGGAAUGUUUAUUUACAGGGCAGCUUACUUUGGUAUCUACACAAUCUCUAAACGAAUAUAUUUGAACGCAAACUCGUCAGAUUCGACGGUACAAACGAUGCGAACGCCAUUUUUAGUAUCCCUGGCGCUUGCUGAAUUAUCAUCUUUCACUGGAACAAUGAUUUCUUAUCCGCUCGAGACGAUAGCUAGACAGAAAAUGCUUUGGAGCGGACAUGGUUUGAAAAGUUAUGUGACAACAAGACAAAUGAGGGGUUAUCGCUAAUCAGUUGACGACGGUAUGCGGAUCUUUCGUUCUGGUCACAUACGAUUUAAUUAAGGGACACUACGACAUAUUAAAGGAGCCAAAGGCUGCUUCUAAUACUCGAAGGCUAGAUGAUUAAUUAACACGAACACUAACGUCCAUAUACGAAACGUGUACUGACUGUUGAGAAGGAAGUUCAUCUAUAACUGAA